AUGGGGGAUUGGAAUUUAUUGGGUGGCAUCCUAGAGGAAGUUCACUCCCACUCAACUAUAGUGGGGAAAAUCUGGCUGACCAUACUCUUCAUUUUCCGAAUGCUGGUACUUGGUGUGGCUGCUGAAGAUGUCUGGGAUGAUGAACAGUCAGCAUUUGCCUGCAACACCCAGCAACCAGGUUGCAACAACAUCUGUUAUGAUGCUGCUUUCCCUAUCUCUUUGAUCAGGUUCUGGGUUUUACAGAUCAUCUUUGUGUCUUCUCCUUCUCUGGUGUAUAUGGGCCAUGUACUUUAUAGACUCAGGGCCUUCGAAAAGGAGAGGCAGAAGAAAAAGUCACACCUCCGAGUCCAGUUGGGGAAUCCCGAGCUUGAAUUGGAGGAGCAACAAAGGAUAGAUAGAGAACUGAAGAGGUUAGAGGAGCAGAAGAGAAUUCAUAAAGUCCCUCUAAAAGGAUGUCUGCUGCGUACUUAUAUCUUACACAUCUUGACAAGAUCUGUGAUGGAAGUAGGGUUCAUGAUAGGCCAAUAUAUUCUAUAUGGGUUUCAAAUGCACCCACUUUACAAAUGCACUCAACCUCCUUGUCCUAAUGCAGUGGAUUGCUUUGUAUCCAGGCCCACAGAGAAGACAAUUUUCAUGCUCUUUAUGCACAGCAUUGCAGCCAUCUCUUUGUUCCUCAGUGCACUGGAAAUAUUUCAUCUGGGAAUCAGGAAAAUCAUGAGGGCAUUUUAUGAGAAAUCCAGCAAUGAGGGCACUGAGGAUGAAAGCAGCAUCCCAUUCCAUUUGAAAAAAUAUUCAGUGGCCCAGGAGUGUAUGAUUUGCUCUCCCUUGCCUAAAAGAAUCCCUCUACUUCAAGCAAACAAUCAACAGCAAGUCAUUCGAGUCAAUGUGCCAAAGUCUAAAACCAUGUGGCAAAGCUCACAGCCCAUGCAACUUGGAGUAGACUCUUGCUGUGUUAAAGAAGAGUGGGCUGAGAAGGAUCAGCACAGUGGACAGCUCCAUGCCCGCAGCCCAUGUCUCUGGGAAGCCGGUACUCAAAGUCAGCACCCCGGACAGCAACCGGACCUUUCCUCUGGCCUACACAACGCAAAGUCUCACUGCUGCCUAGGUACAGAGAUAGCUCCCAGACACUGCCCAUCCUAUGCAAUAGGAACCUGGGGGCAGUCCCAGGAUCGACGACCCUCAGGAGAGGCUCUCACAGAUUUAAACAGUAAAUGUAGAGACAGCGAUGGCAGUGUGAGAAAGAGUGGGGUCUGGACAGACAGAUCUUACCCGGGCAGUCGCAAGGCCAGCUUUCUGUCCAGAUUACUGUCUGAAAAGGGACACUUGUACAGUGACUCAGGAAGCUCCAGUUCUCGGAACAGCUCUUGCUUGGACCUUCUGCACCGGGAAAAUAGCCCCUCGCUUCUGCCUUCAGCCACUGGGUACAGAACAUCAAUGGUAAGUAAAACGGACAGCCUGACUGAACAUAGGACUAUUGCAAGAGGUUUUCCACUCUAGUUACUUCUUAGCCUUCGCUUUCCAGCUACCUGGUGUGUAUAUGUGUGUGUUAAGAGAGAGGGAGAGAAGGUGAGGGGGGUUAAUUUAUGGAGAGUUAAAUCCUGUCAUUCAAUACAUUCAGUUAAAUUCAAUUCAUGA